CUCUGCUUUUAAGUAACGCAUUGACUUCACUGUCUACUUUAUACUCCCACAGGUUGCGAAUAAAAUAAGAAACCAGUUCAAUGGCUCCUAAAAAGCCACCAGGUAAAUCCCUUCGGUUACUAUUUUCUCUUCACAGGAACACAGAGAUCUGCAGACUUGAUAUGUUCCCUCCAAUACAUUGUACUGUAGACAAUUGACAGAGCUGAGAUAUUUCGGGCUGUUGCUCGAUGUUUAUUUUUAUGUUGAUCAUCUCAUCUCAUCAUAUAACAUUACUAUACUCAUCCUGUCUUUAUAUAGAUAAGCCAGAGAAAGCUGAACCACCCGCAGGAGACAAGGCUGCAAAAGCACCAGGUCUGUAUGCUCAUUAGCACAUGGAGGAGGAAGGAACAGUAAAGGAAAGUUGUGAUGGGGAGGACCAGAGUGAGGACAAGCAUAUUCUAUAGGUCCAGGGCAUCCACCACGUCCAACUGAGGAGCAAUGAACUUGAGUUUGUGUCCACCAUCUGCUGCUGGCAGUGAACAGCCCCAGCUGGAACUGAAAGCUCUCCUUGAUGUGCCCUCACCCUCACUACAACCCAUCCACUGCUGCAGCCCCUUCCACUUACUUGAUGGAGGGCAGCCAGAUGGAACUCCACAACCCCAAUCUUCCCAUGAGUAUGCUGUGUUCUUGUUCCAGGCCAGGGUAACAGACACAUUGAGGGUGUCCAAUCCACUCUGCUAGUUGAGGAUCAACUUCUUGACGUGAAGUCUCUCCUCAGCUCUACCUUUCACUAUAAGAACAUUAUGCUUAGUGGGCAGAGUGGGACACUUAAUCUCAGGGUCAUGGGUUUGAGACCCACAUUGGGGAAAGAUUCAUGCAUUGCAGGGGGUUGGACUAGAUGACCCUCGUAGUCCCUUCCGCCUUCGUCUAUUAUUCUAUGAGAACAUAGCAAGAGCUUGCUGGGUCAGACCAAGAUCCUUCUAGUCCCAGGUGAUGUCUCUUCAUGGUCCUGAGGCCUCCAGACAGGGAACACGGGCAGAAACGUAUCUUCAAGAAGCAAUACUUCCAUGCCAGAUUCCUUCAUCCACUUUACCUUCCAAGGGUCUGGCCCCCUGGCAUUUCACAGUGGAGCAACCCCCCACCAUGGGUUUAGGAAGCUGACUGCCAUAUGUUGAUCUAGAUGGGUUGCCAGAGAUCAUAAGGAAUUUCUUGACUGGGGUGGCACUGGGAUGUUGUCUGUUGAUGGCUAAAGCAGUAUUUUCUCUCCUCCUGUCCAUCAAGGAGAACUAACACCUUUGCAGGAAAAAGUGAAAAAGUUCUUCGAAUCUUCAUAUUCCCUGUAUGUUGGUGCAGUGCUUGUGAUGGGCUCCGUUAUAGGGGCAAUAAUGCUGACCUAUCUGUGUAAGUUCCAGUCUUCUAGGAAAAUAUAAAAGGGUAAUGGGCAGAAUUACAAUUCACUCUUGCUUGCUUCAUUUCAGUGGAGACGUUUAAAAGGAAAGGAUAGGUUCUGGUCUCCACUAAGCCCUUUCACCUCCUGAUUUCAGUUGGUGAGAUAAACAUUUAAUGUACUCUCUCCCAUUGAAACCAGUGGCACCGUAGGGUUGUCCGUGAAGACAUGCUCAGAGACUUUUAACUGGUUUGUUAAAAAAAGGCAAAGGACUCCAGACAGUUAAGUCCAGUCACAUAGAACUCUGGGGUUGCGGCGCUCAUCCCACUUUACUGGCCGAGGCAGCCGACAGUUGUCCACAGACAGUUUUUCUGGGUCAUGUGCCCAGCAUGAUUAAGCCACUUCUGGCGAAAACAGAGCAGAGCACGAGAAUGCCGUUUAUCUUCGCGCUGCAGUGGUACCUAUUUAUCGACUUGCACUGCAUGCUUCCAAACUGCUAGGUUGGCAGGAGCUUGGACUGAGCAAUGGCAGCUCACCCCCUCACCGGAUUCGAACCGGCGACCUUCCAAUCAGCAGGCCCUAGGCUCAGUGGCUUAGACCACGGCACCACCCGUUUCCCAACUGGUUCUUCUGGGAGCUCUUCUGGAAUGUGCCUUGCUCCUUUGUACUCAGGCGAUUAACCCCUUCCUUGGAUGAGCACACUGCAACCUCUACCAUCUGUUGCGGCCUAGGGUCCUCAAAUCUGAGAAGUACCCAAAGCAGCUACACUACCUCACGGAUGAAGCAGGUUGGGGGCCAGACUGUUGCUUUGGGGAGCCUGUAGAAAACCUUCCUAAUGUUCAUGGCCCAGCGUAAAUAUGUGCAUUCAGCUGUUCCUUUCUUGACAAAUCUGGACUGUGAGAGUGGGGUAGACCCAACCCUGGUCAGCCAAGCCAAGCCCACCUGGCGGCAGCUAUCCUGCUACUGAAAGAGACUCAGUCAGGGGGAGGCAGGGGCAUUCCGUGGUGGGGGGGCAGCUGCAUUGGGUGUCAUUCCAAAGGGGGGAGGACAAAAUGCCAACCCCCAAUCAGCAGUGUCUCCCGGGGCGCGCCCUACUCACUGUGCACCGACCCCAGCGGUAUGCAUCCCCCCAGGAAGCACGCCACCCCUACGGGCGGCAUUCCAUGCCCCCGGGACGGGUGCCAUGACCUCCGGGACGCACCCCGUGGGUGGCACUCCACACCCCCUGGGACGAGUGCCGCUCCAGGUACCGGAGCAGGUUGCUUCACCUCUGGGGGAAGGAGAGCUUCGCAAGGCUGAAAUGCUUUCUUCAACUCCCAAGGGUAUCGAGAGGCUGGAGUACCCACAGACGUCCUGGAGAACACCUCAGUCAAGUGUCAGGUGGAGGGAGGAGGGGAUUCUAGGUCUCGAUCUCCUUGUCAAGAUGAGGGAGCCAUCAUGUUCAUCUCCUGUAAGGGCCCGGCACCUCUGCAAUUCAGAAUACACACACCCCCACACACUCAUUCCUAUAUCUAUCUAUCUAUCUAUGAAGAUAUUGGGCUAAGGACUCUAAAUUAGAUCUUGAGGCUUGAAAAUGAACCUUCCUAGAGGAGAAAUUCUUCCUUUACGAAUUUUGGGAAGUACAUUACAUAUUGGAACUUAUACGACAGAAGUCUCAUUCCAAAUGCAACUUAAUCCCUUCCAAAGGGGUGCUGGGGGAAGCAAAGCUAUUCUCCCACAUGCAAUGAGCAACUUUCCCCAUCAUCACCUUUAGAUGUUAAGGAAGUGCAAAGGAGAGCCAUAUUUGAAGAAGGAACGACAAAGAUUCUGCAAAUGGUAGAAGACACCUUUCCGGAUCUUUUUGAGGCAGAUGGUAAGUCAUAUGUUACUUUUUGUCUGCACAGAAGCUCCUUCCACAGCCAACCAUUUCUUCUCAUUACUCAGUUCAGGGAAGUCGAAGAGGAAUGGGUGGGUUGCCUCAAGCUCAUUCUAUUCUCAACUUCUCCAUAAGCAUGGUGUGUGUGUGUGUGUGUGUGUGUGUGUGUGUGCCGUGUUGGUGGAAAAAUAUAUUGAUAUAAGAAAGAAAAUUCCUGAAUUCCAGUCUCCAAGUUUGGGGCAAGUACCCAUUGGUGAGAGAACCCAGCAGAGAUUCACAGUCACAAAAUAUGCAGCAAAUGUCAGCAUGAAAGUAUAGGCUGCUAGACCUUUAAAAUAGGCUCUUCCAAGUGAGUUCCAAAGUUUCCCUCUUCCCCCAGUAAACAAGAACACACACUUGGUAAGUUAAAGAAUGCUUUGCUUACAAACUCUUCAAAGGUCAGAGCCAUGUGCUUUAGAAAAGGUGCCCGGCAGGGAAACUAGGCUUAGCAACAAUGUGGAGGAAUAUCCUAGAGUAUUGGAACAAGAACUCAAGAGUGGCUCAUGAGGAGCAUGUGGCUGAGCUUGAGCAAUCAGAUCAAACCAGGAAAACUUAGCUUAGCAACAAUGUGGAGGAAUUUCCUAGAGUAUUGGUACAGGAACUCAAGAGUGGCUCAUGAGGAGCAUGUGGCUGAGCUUGAGCAAUCAGAUCAAACCAGGAAAACGUAGCUUAGCAACAAUGUGGAGGAAUUUCCUAGAGUAUUGGUACAGGAACUCAAGAGUGGCUCAUGAGGAGCAUGUGGCUGAGCUUGAGCACCCAGAUCAAACCAGGAAAACGUAGCUUAGCAACAAUGUGGAGGAAUUUCCUAGAGUAUUGGUACAGGAACUGAAGAGUGGCUCAUGAGGAGCAUGUGGCUGAGCUUGAGCACCCAGAUCAAACCAGGAAAACGUAGCUUAGCAACAAUGUGGAGGAAUUUCCUAGAGUAUUGGUACAGGAACCCAAGAGCUUGAGCUUGAGCAACCAGAUCAAACCUCAUCACAUACUGAGCUUCUCAAGCAGCCUGGGGAAAAACAAUAGGCUUGAUUACCUAUUUCUUCCCAAUGUAGCUGAGUCUGGCAGACCAGCAUACUCUAUGGCUUGAAUACCUUAAUACAUUAUUUAGAGUUAAGCAUGUUGGUUAUACGAGGCUGAUUAACCUAUGUUUUGGAGUUUCAGAGUUGGAAGGGAUCACAAGGGUCUUCUAGCUGAACCCCAUGCAGUGCAAGAAUCUUUCACCCAAUUGGGGGUUCAAAUCCACAACCCUGAGAUUAAGAGUCUCAUGCUCUACUGACUGAGCUAUCCAGAAGCUCCAGGAAAGGAGUCCAGCUCAGUUGAUGUGCAAAUGCCAUUGUUGUUGUUGUGCUAAAAAAGGCCCCAGGUUCAAUUUUCAGCAUCUCCAGGCAGAGGUGGGAAUGACCUCUUUCAGAAGCCCUGGAGAGCCAUUGCUAGUCAGUGCAGACAAUUCUCAUCUAGAUUAAUGAAUGGUCUGAUUCUGUAUAAGGCAACUUCCUAGGUUCCUAUAUAUGAAAAGUAAAUAUUAGAUCUUGAGAAACAUGGCUUUUCAGUAUCUGUACAUGGCUGUUUGAGAUUCCUCCCAACUUCAAUUGUUGCCACUCUCUUAGAUAUCACAAAAUUCAAGAAAGCUGAGAAUAUAUCUGCGGCAAUAUCCGAAGAGAAAAAGAAAAUCAGCGAACUACAGCAGGCUAUUAGUAAGUUACUCAGAAACCACUUUUAUCGGUCAACGUCAAGGUGCCAGAACCUUUGAGGCAAUAGGCGAUUUCAGAACCAUUGGGAUGGACUUCUCUUUUCCAUUACAGGCUAGAAUGGCACAUUCUGGUGCCAAUCCCGUUUUGAAAUAUCAGUCAGAUUAGCACAGCUGGAAACAGAGAAUGGGUAGCUUUCUUCAGGUGUUUUAAGUGAGCACAUGUGCAGAGGGCUGUAGGGAUGAGCAUACUAGCUCUGGCCCACUAGGGCCCUUCCCUGUGAAACUGCAGGGUGACCGUCUCAAGCUGCAAACCAGCAACAUAGGUAAGGUCACAAGUUCUCUGUGUACUAUGUACAAGUUCUCUAUUAGGUACAGGAUUUUAAAUAGUAUGGACACAGUCAAAAGGCCAUGUUGUUGAGCCUUUCUGGGCAACAGCUCCAUUACAGUGGAAACCUAGCCAGAUGGGCGUGAUAUAAAUAUUUUAUUAUUAUUAUUAUUAUUAUUAUUAUUAUUAUUAUUACGGAUGUCUGGUUAAUCCUGUUGGGAUACUGCCAGGGAGAUAAAGUCCAUCAUGGCCCCCAAGCCGGCUGCCGGACGAUCCAUCGAUCUCCCGUAGACACGCAGUAUCAGCAAUUAGCGACAUGAGCUCCAGAACAUUCUAGAGCCGAUGCACACUCUCUAUCAGCAGAUAAUGCACAGCAAAAGUCGCACUCAGGAGAGCAUUAUUUACAAGUUUUAUUCAGCGUUGAUCAGAACAAAGAAAAACAUGACUGCCUGCUUCAGUGUCUACGACACAGAGAGAGAAACGAAAGCAACAACAGAAACAUCCUGUGGAAACAGGAAAUACGCAGACUCUGACUCACAAAGCCUGCUCCCUUUUAAGGUGGAACGGAAAUAUCCUAACAAAUCCCAUAGUCCUUUGAGGACUGGUGCAUUAGCAUGUCUGUUGAGGCAUUUGUCCUGAGGGCCAAAUACUGAACCUGACUCAUGAAUCAAAGACCAGUCCCCACAUGUCCUCCUUUCCAUGCUAAGGGAAUUCAUCCUGAGCCUGUGAAGUAAGAAAAAAGUAUUUUCUUUCCCAUCAUGUCAGUACUACAGCUUUUGUUUCCUAUAUUUUCUUUCCUACUGUUCAAAUGGUGGGUCGUUCUAGGUUUUUUGGUAUAUACUCUGUACUCAAAAACAGUUCUGAAACUGUCUAGAAGGAAUUGGCUACAGCAAGGUCGAAUUUCACAGGAGACCUGGUGGAGCUCCCUUGCACCUCUCAGUCUGUGUCUGGUACUUUGGGCUGUGGACCCAAAUCUGUUAGAAAGCUGGCUAGUGAAUUUUUAAUGGGCGCAAAAAGAGAAAGAGGGAAGGAAAUGAAUGGUACUACUCAGACCAAAUAAGCUAUGCGCAGAUCCCUGAGCAAAGAAGUUCAUAGAAUCAUAGAAUCAUAAAAUCAUAGAAUCAUAGAAUCAUAGAGUUGGAAGAGACCACAAGGGCCAUCGAGUCCAACCCCCUGCCAAGCAGGAAACACCAUCAGAGCACUCCUGAUAUAUGGUUGUCAAGCCUCUGCUUAAAGACCUCCAAAGAAGGAGACUCCACCACACUCCUUGGCAACAAAUUCCACUGUCGAACAGCUCUUACUGUCAGGAAGUUCUUCCUAAUGUUUAGGUGGAAUCUUCUUUCUUGUAGUUUGGAUCCAUUGCUCCGUGUCCGCUUCUCUGGAGCAGCAGAAAACAACCUUUCUCCCUCCUCUAUGUGACAUCCUUUUAUAUAUUUGAACAUGGCUAUCAUAUCACCCCUUAACCUCCUCUUCUCCAGGCUAAACAUGCCCAGCUCCCUUAGCCGUUCCUCAUAAGGCAUCGUUUCCAGGCCUUUGACCAUUUUGGUUGCCCUCCUCUGGACACAUUCCAGUUUGUCAGUGUCCUUCUUGAACUGUGGUGCCCAGAACUGGACACAGUACUCCAGGUGAGGUCUGACCAGAGCAGAAUACAGUGGCACUAUUACUUCCCUUGAUCUAGAUACUAUACUCCUAUUGAUGCAGCCCAGAAUUGCAUUGGCUUUUUAGCUGCCGCGUCACACUGUUGGCUCAUGUCAAGUUUGUGGUCAACCAAGACUCCUAGAUCCUUUUCACAUGUACUGCUCUCAAGCCAGGUGUCCCCCAUCUUGUAUUUGUGCCUCUCAUUUUUUUGCCCAAGUGCAAUACUUUACAUUUCUCCCUGUUAAAAUUCAUCUUGUUUGUUUUGGCCCAGUUCUCUAAUCUGUCAAGGUCGUUUUGAAGUGUGAUCCUGUCCUCUGGGGUGUUAGCCACCCCUCCCAGUUUGGUGUCAUCUGCAAAUUUGAUCAGGAUGCCCUUGUGUCCAUCCAAGUUGUUGAUAAAGAUGUUGAAUAAGACCGGGCCCAAGACAGAACCCUGUGGCACCCCACUAGUCACUCUUCUCCAGGAUGAAGAGGAACCAUUGAUGAGCACCCUUUGGGUUUGGUCAGUCAGCCAGUUACAAAUCCACUGAGUGGUAGCAUAGUCAAGACCGCAUUUUACCAGCUUCUUUACAAGAAUAUCAUGGGGCACCUUGUCAAAUGCCUUGCUGAAAUCAAGGUAGGCUACAUCCACUGCGUUUCCUUCAUCUACCAGGCUUGUAAUUCUGUCAAAAAAUGAGAUCAGGUUAGUCUGACAUGACUUAUUUUUCAGAAAUCCAUGCUGACUAUUGGUGAUCACAGCAUUCCUUUCUAGGUGCUCACAGACUGUUUGCUUAAUGAUCUGCUCCAGAAUCUUCCCUGGUAUUGAUGUCAGACUGACUGGGCGGUAAUUAUUUGAGUCCUCUCUUUUCACCUUUUUGAAAAUAGGGACAACAUUUGCCCUCCUCCAGUCUGCCGGGACUUCGCCUGUUCUCCAAGAAUUCUCAAAGAUGACUGCCAGUGGUUCUGAGAUCACAUCUGCCAGUUCUUUUAAUACUCUUGGAUGCAGUUCAUCUGGCCCUGGAGACUUGAAUACAUCUAAACUAGCCAAGUAUUCUUGUACUAUCUCCUUAGUUAUUCUGGGCUGUGUUUCCUUUGCUGAAUCAUUUGCUCCAAAUUCUUCAGGUCGGGCAUUGUUUUCUUUAUCGGAGAAGACUGAGGCAAAGAAGGCAUUGAGGAGUUCAGCCCUUUCUGUGUCCCCUGUUUGCAUUUCACCAUCUUCUCCUCUGAGUGACCCCACUGUUUCUUUGUUCUUCCUUUUGCUACGAACAUACCCAUAAAAGCCUUUUUUGUUGCUUUUAACCUCUCUAGCAAGCCUGAGUUCAUUCUGUGCUUUAGCUUUUCUGACUUUGUGUCUACACGUGCUGGCUAUUUGUUUGAAUUCCUCUUUGGUGGUUUCCCCCCUUUUCCAUUUUUUGUACACAUCCUUUUUAAUCUUAACUCAGUUAAAAGUUCUUUAGAUAGCCACCCUGGCUUCUUUAGGCACCUUCCAUGUUUCCGUCUCAUUGGUAUUGCCUGACGUUGUGCUUUUACUAUCUCCCUCUUAACAAACUCCCAGCCAUCAUGAACUCCCUUUCCCUUUAGUAUUACUGUCCAUGGGAUCUCACCCAGCACUUCCCUAAGUUUUAUGAAGUCGGCUUUCUUAAAGUCAAGAAAUUGAGUCCUAGUAUGCUUGGCUGCUCCUUUCCGCUGUAUAGUAAACUUCAGAAGAGCAUGAUCACUCGCGCCUAAUGAUCCUUCCACUUCUACCCCACUAACCAGGUCAUCAACAUUGGUUAGGACCAGAUCUAAAAUGGCUGUUCCUCUUGUUGCUUCUCCCACUUUCUGGACAAUGAAGUUGUCUGCAAGGCCAGUGAGGAAUCUGUUUGACCUUAUGCUCUUGGCUGAGUUUGACAUCCAACAAAUAUCUGGGUAAUUGAAGUCCCCCAUUACUACUAUCUCCUUCCUUUUGCAUGCUUGGCCAUCUGUUCCAGGAAGGCAUCAUCUAUGUCCUCCGUUUGGCUUGGGGAUCUAUAGUAAACUCCCACAAUGAGGUCACUGUUAUUCAUCUCUCCCUUAAUUUUGACCCAAAUGCUCUCACUUUGGCUUUGAGGUUCUAAAUCUUGGAUCUCUUCACAGGUAUACACAUCCCUGACAUAUAAUGCCACUCCUCCUCCUUUUUUGUCUGGUCUGUUUCUCUGAAAUAGAUUGUAUCCCUCCAUUAUUACAUUCCAAUCGUGGGACUUAUCCCACCAGGUUUCAGUGAUGCCUAUUAUGUCAUAUUUAGUUUGCUGUACCAAGAGCUCAAGCUCAUCUUGUUUAUUUCCCAUGCUUUGCGCAUUAGUGUACAGACAUUGAAGUCCAUUAAUCAUUCCCCGUGUCUCUUAUUUAAGGAUUUUUUCCUCCCACCACUAGGUCUGCGUGCUGUUUGCUCCAUUUGGUCUAUGACAUUUGGAUGAUCAUCUUCAUCAAUUGAUAGACUCCUACCUUCAGGAGCACUGUCUCCCUCCCCACAUUAGUCAGUUUAAAGCCCUCCUGAUGAGGUUUCUGAGAUUUUGGCAAAAACAUUUCUCCCAACCGUUGUGAGGUGCAGCCCAUCGCUUGCCAGAAGUCCAUCUUCAAGAAACUGCAGUCCGUGAUCUAAGAAUCCAAACCGUUCCUGUUUACACCAUUUGCGAAGCCAGCUGUUCACUUCCACUAUUUUCCCCUCUCUCCCUGGGCCACGUCGUUCAACUGGGAGGACAGAUGAGAUGACAAUUUGUGCAUUUAAUUGCUUCAAUUUCCUGCCCAGAGCCUCGUAGUCUCUUUUGAUCUUCUGGAGGCUAUUGCUUGCAGUGUCAUUGGUUCCCACAUGAACCAAGAGGAAGGGGUAUUUGUCAGUGGGUUUAAUGAUUCCUUGCAGUCGUUCAGUUACAUCUUGGAUCUUAGCCCCGGGGAGACAGCACACUUCCCGAGACAUCUUGUCAGGCCCACAGAUCACUGCUUCUGUUCCCCUCAGUAGGGAAUCCCCUAUCACCACUACACGCCUCCUCUUAGGUUUGGUCGGGGUUCUUCCGUGAGCUCUCCAUUCCAAGGUCACCUGCACAUUCCCUGAGGACUGACUUUGCUGCUUGUCUUCAUAUACCUGAUCGACUGUAAUGAGGGAGAGAUCCUCAAAUGGAGUCUGCUCUUCAUCUUCCAUGCUAGGGGAGAGGACCUCAAAGCGAUUGUGUAUUUCUAAACAAUCAGAGCGAACCCUGGGCCUCCUACUUCUUUGAGUCACGUUUCUCCAUAUAUCUGGCUCCUGUGUUGGUGAACUAGCCUCCUUCUCAGGGGAGUCCCCUGUCUCCUCCUUGGUGGAGACAGUGUGCUCUGUUGCUUCCAAGAAGAGCUCCAGCUCUCUAAUUCUUUGGAGCGUAGCUACACGUUCCUCCAGUUGCUGGACUUUGUCUUUUAAGAGGGCAAUCAACAUGCAAUUGCUGCAGGUAAAGCUGCCUGCAACCUUUGGCAAGAUGGCAAACAUUGCGCAGGAACCGCAGGUGACUGCAGCUGUUCCCUCCCCCUCCAUGUUGAGAACGUGUCGUUGGGGGUGGCUACAGCGGUCCUCCAUUAUAAAAAGCGUGAAGACAGGACAAAUAACUCCCCCCACAAAAAACCUAGGUCUCCCCCAACAAAUGUUUGAGACUAGCUCCCCUAAAUCUAAAAGAUGGAUCAAACUGGGCACGCCGCUAGGCGCGCGCCGCUGCCCUACAAGCUCUGAUAAGCUAAGUUAUAUGCUGACAAGGCCUCACUCCUGUCAGCAAUCAUGCUGCAGCAUUCAGCACCAACUGCAGUGCGUAGCCAGUGGGUCCUAGUGGGUCUUUGAGGACAAUGCUAGAUUUUCUUCAGUGGGGGUGGUUCCCCCACCCAAGGUGCUCCCAAGGUUCCCCCUAAUGUCAUUAUUUUAAACUCCUACAAGCUGGCUUCUACUACAACCUCACUUGUCCUUUCUCUCUUUUUGUUCCUCUCACAUUCUGGGCAUUACUCAAAGGUGACAUUCACCACAGGUUACGUGAGGAAUGGAUUGUUUGGCAUGGAGCCCUAUAUUUAUUUGACUUCAUUGCCACCCCAAGGACUUGGAAACAGUGCGUACAAUACUGCGAAAGGAUGAAAUACGAUACAAAAUUGUUAUGUGUUGAAAGUGAGGAGGAGGAGGUGAGCAGAUCAUGCAAUAAAUUCUUCAGAGACAAUGGAGGAGUGUGACUUUGGGGGUAGAUUUCAGCAUCUGCCGUGGUUGUAGAGACUGAUAAGGGACAGACAUGAGACCUGGGAAACCGGGAUUUGAAUCCCCACUCUGCCAUGAAGCUUACUGGUCAGGACUGCCUUUCAUCCUAACUUACCCCACGGGACUGUCGUGAGGACAAAUGGGGAGAGGAGACGGGCAUGCAGCGCCUUGAGCUCCUUUGGAGGAAAAGGUGGCAUAUUAGUAUUAGUAUUUAUUUAUUCCAUUUAUUCCAUUAUCAUAAGAGCCCAGGGUGGUGUACAACAUUUUAAAAAAUUACAUAUUUUUCAGUGAUAGAAACACAAUAGUUCAGGAUACAAUUGUAUGGGGAGACCAGGAAUAAUGAGACCUGGGAAACCGGGAUUUGAAUCCCCACUCUGCCAUGAAAUAAUAAAAAAGCAUACUAACAGACAGCCUAAUAAUAAAACAAUCAUAAUAACAGUCCUCUCCCCCACACUUUUACAGGCUAUAGAUUACUUUACAGCCUGGGGAAAGAGGAAUGGUUUUGCCCGAUGCCUAAAGGCAUGUAAUGAUGGCGCCAGAGAAGCCUCUCUGGGAUGAACAUUCCAUAAUUGGGAGCCACCACAGAAAAGGCCCCUUCUCUUUUUGCAAUCCUUCUAACCUCUCCGGGACAUUGCGGAGGGCCUCAGAUGACAAGCACAGGGUAUGGUGGGUUCCUAAGGGGAGAGGCAAUCCUUAAGGUAUUGGCUCCUGAGCCAUGUAAAGCUUUAUAGGUCAACACCAGCACUUCGAUUUGGACUACUAAUCACCAGCCAGUGCAGUUGUGCCCUGAUUGGUGUUACAUGCGCAAACUGUCUUGUUCUGGUGAUCAAUCUGUCCAUUGCAUUUCUACCAGCUGAAAUUUCCUGCUCCUCAAUGAGACCAAAACCUAGGCAUUUUUGCUCCUUCGUUUCCCCCUUAUCUAGACUUUCUUCUUUUCUGUGAUGUAGGCCUUUGCUGUAGCCAUAGUGAAGCCCAGACCGACCGAUUAUUUUAUUGGAAUUUCCCUGGUAGGCUCAGAUUGGCGCUGCUAUCAAAAGGACUUUCGCAUCGAGACUCUGUAAGUCCAAACUCCUCCUCAUCUGGGAACUUUCAUAACCAAUAAGUAUUUGAAGAGAGCCAAGAUGUUUGUGUGUUUAUAUUGUUCUUUAUUAUGAUGGUUUAAUUUAUAGACCAAUUCGUUUCCAGAGAGCUUCAAAGUGCUUUACAAAAUACAAAAUUAAAAUAGAAAAGAACAAAAUGCACGGCAGGAAAGGUGUGAUUAAAUGAGCCUCUCACACCACCUUUGUUGCCAAGCUGCAACACAACAACCCUGCAGUGCAACCAGUGGGAUUUAUUCUCUGGCCGUUGCUGCCACCAACCCUUCCACUUCCUCCAGCAGUCCAGAGGGAAGGGACCUGGGGUGCACCAAAGCAAUUGCUUUUCAGUCGGGGCUGAAGUGGAUGAGUCCAGUUGGUGGCACUGGCUCAAGGACGAUGCUGACAUUGGUUAUGGGCCCAGUCGUCGUUCCAGUCGUCUGACCAGUCGCUGUUCCAGUCAUCCCAGUCGCCAGAGGUUUCUGUUGCUGAUUGCCGGACGGCAGAACGGAGGCUGCAUGCUGGACUGAUUUGCGGUGCCCAGAAGCAGAGCUGUUUUGGAGCAGAGUGUUCAAGCUGCCGCUGUUGCUGUUGCUGCUGCUUGAUUUAUGGAGGUAUGUUGCUGACUGCCAAAGAAAGAAGAUAGCAUCCCUGUUUGCCUAUUAAUUGCGCUCUGAGUGGGAGAGAGAGUGGCUGAAGGAGUCCAAGGUUUUAUCUGUGUUGCACGAGGGAAAUGUCUUGCUUUAAGUAAUAGCAGACAUGGCCUGUGCACAUCCUGGCCAGAUGGCUCUGUCCUUUCCUCUCCUCACGCCUGAAACCUAUUCAGUUUGGCAGGUCAAUAUGAAAGUGCUUUUACAGAGGGAAAAGCUAUUCUACACUAUAGAAGAUGACCUUCCCAAUAAGGAUGAUGAUGAUUGGCCUGAGUGGCAUGCUGCAGACAUGAAAGCCCAAGGGACAAUUGUUUUGAGUGUUGCAGACCACUUGUUGGUGAACUUAGAGGGGCAAGAGACUGCACGAGCUGUUUGGCAUAAACUGAGAGAUAUGCAUUUGAGGCAGAAUGCUGGUUCCAGUGUAAUUUUCUUCAAGAAGCUGUGCAGGCUGCAGCUGGAGAAAGGUGGUGAUUUGCCUAGCCAUCUAUCUCAGUUAAAACGCCUCAGACAGGACCUUGUUCAGCGAGACCUGGCUAUUUCAGAGGCUGUGUUUGCAAUGCUAAUGAUAAAUAGCCUAGAUGAGUCUUAUGAUGGAGUAGCUGCCCAGAUUUCUACGAUGCCUUCUGACCGGCUAACAGAAGAUUAUGUGUCUAGCGUGCUCUUGAAUGAGUGGGAUCGCAGACAGGCUGUUAAAGAAAGCCGAGACAAUGGUGCUGUUAAAAAUGUGCUUGCAAAUGUGCCUGAGUUUUCAGCAGGGGAAAGUGAAAGUGAAACUGCUGCUGUUAAAGCUUUGAAAUUGAAGCGGUGCUUUUCGUGUGGAGCACAAAGCCAUUUGAGUUUCCAGUGCAGCAAGAAAUCUUCAAAGAAGAAGGGAAACUUUAAAGGCAGAGGGGGAGGAGGACGAAAUCCCCAAGCACCUGCUACUUCAAAGGCUUUGAUCUCUCGCUGCUCCAAUCAACGUGGGCGGAGUUUCUUUGUAGUCGACUCUGGCUGUUCCAACCACGUGGCCAAAGAUGAAAGUCUCUUUGUUCAGCUUGAGAAGCAAGAGAAAGAAAUUCAUCAAGCAGAUGGGACUGUUCUCACGAGUUUGGCUAAGGGAACUGUGUUUUUAAAGAGCCUGAAUGCUACUAUUAAGAAUGUCCUGUAUGCUCCUCAUAUUCAGGACAAUUUGUUGAGUGUUUCCCAGCUUGAUCGUCAGGGGUUUAAGGUGGUGUUUGCUAAAUCUCGUUAUGAAAUUCGUCAAGAUGGCAAGCUCAUUCUGUAUGCAAAAUGUGUAAAUGGUUUGUACCAAUUGCCUUUUGUUUCAGGUACAACUGCAAAAGCAACUGAGAAAGAGUGUUGCAAUUUAUCUGUUGAUAAGAAUGAGAAGUUGCAAAACCAAUGUAUUCAGGGUGUACCACCAAAAGGGUUUUCUAAAGAGUUCACUAAGGCUGCGGUCACAAGCAACUCUGGUGUGGUCUUUGAACCAGCCAAUUAUAAGGAAGUUAAAAAUCUAUCUGCAAAAGAUGCAGAACCUUGGCUGAAUGCCAUGAGAGCUGAGUUGAAUUCCCUGAAACAGAACAAUACUUGGGAAUUGGUUUCAGCAGAACCAGGUAUGAAGUGUGUAGACAGUAGGUGGGUCUACAAGGUAAAGACUGAUCAGAGCGGAAAAGUAGUCAGAUAUAAAGCCAGAUUAGUGGCGAGAGGUUUUUCUCAGACACUUGAUCAGGAUUACCAUGAAACGUAUUCUCCAACAGCAAGGUUUGAAAGUGUUGGACUGUUGUUGAAGAUAGCUGCCGAAGAGGGUAUGACGAUUUCCCAUCAUGACGUCAAUACUGCGUUUUUGUAUGGCGUUCUAAAUGAGAAUAUCUAUAUGUCACCUCCAGAUCGUGUGCAGAUAAAAGGAAUGGUUUGCAAGUUGAAAAAAUCCCUGUAUUGUUUGAAACAGAGUGCACGGUGCUGGCACACCAAGCUAACUGAAGUGCUGUUCUCCUUAUUUUUUGUGCAAGGAAAGGCUGAUUCGUGUGUUUUUGUUAAAGAGUCCAAUCAGCAUAAGCUUUAUUGCAUCUGUUUUGUAGAUGACAUAUUAUUUGUGUGGAAGAAUGAAAACAUCUACAAAAGCACUUUGGCAAAGUUGCAAAAGCAUUUUGAUUUAAAAGACCUAGGAGAAGUUAGCAAUUAUCUCUCUCUUGAGAUUGAGAGAAAUGCUCAGGGUGAAGUUUUGGUGCAUUAGUCACGUAAGAUCACUGAUGUAAUAGAGAAGUUGAACCUGACUGAUGCAAAUCCUGCGGAUACCCCUAUGGUCGCAGGUUAUCAGCAUGACACAAAUGCUGAGGUUUUUCCUGAUGUAACACUUUUCAGAAGUGUGUUGGGUAAACUUAAUUUCAUAGCAAGAUGUUCAAGGCCAGACAUUGCAGUGAGUGUGAAUUUAAUCAGCAGGUAUGCCAAUCAACCCACAGUUCAAGAUUGGAAAGCACUAAAACGGAUAGCAAGAUAUUUAAAAGGAACUGUGGAUUACAGAUUGAGACUUACAAGUCAAAAGUCUGGAGGUCUCGAGAUCUAUGCUGACGCCAGUUUCGGAAGUGACACAAUGGAUGGCAAAAGCACAUCAGGAGUGUGUUAUUUGUACAAUCAAUGUCUUUUUGAUUGGUGUUGCAGAAAGCAGGCAACAGUAAGCUUAAGUUCCUGCGAGGCAGAGCUUAAUGCUUUAACUCUUUCCCUGAUGGAUAUAGAGUGGUUGCAGCAACUGUUUAAUGACAUAAAAGUGAAGGUCGCUUUUCCUGUUCAGGUUUAUCAGGAUAAUAAAGCAUGUAUAACGUUGCUCCACUCAGAGGGAUGUAAACAAAGGACAAAAUAUCUGCUAAUCAAGCUCCAUCAAGCUAGAGAAUGUAUUCAAAAUGGUAUUGUAAAAGUGUCAUAUAUGCCGGGGAAAGAGAUACCUGCAGAUAUGUUAACAAAGGUUGUAAGCAGAGAACAACUUUUGGAGUGUGUGUGUAAAUUGCAGUUAUGUUUAGAUUCUUGAAUGGUUGGAUGAAAUGGGGGAGGAUGAGGAGAUUUCACCCCGCCCAUAUCCAAGAAUCUGCUGAUUUUCUCUGCUGAUUCUCCAGAGAGGAGGGAGAGUUUUCUGCUCUCUACUUAUUCCGCUCUAGCACCACAUCAAAGUGUCAGUGUCGGAGAGAGAGAGAGACUGAGUGUUAGAGAGAGAUUGUGUGUAUAAAUAAGGUUGCUGCUAAGAGCAGCUGCAGACACUCAGUGCAGUUCAGCAUUUUUCGUUUAGACCUCAUUUAGCUCUGUAUAUAGUUGUGUAUUAUAGUUGUAGAUAGAAUAAAGAAGAUAUUCUACAGAGCUGCUCUCCGAGUCGUUUAUGCUCUGCUAUACUCUGGUAUACUCUGCUGUGCAACGACUGUAUUCUUGUGGAAGUGAAUCCGGUGCUCACAGCUCUAAGCUGUGAGUCCACAGCACUUAGACCUGUUCCUGUGAGAAGGUGGUCUCUGGAAGUGCUACCCCAGAUCGCCUGGCCCAGUCGAGGCUGAAGUGGAUGAGUCCAGUUGGUGGCACUGGCUCAAGGGCAAUGCUGACAGGGUGCACCAAAGCAAUUGCUUUUCAAGCUUCUCUGAUGCUUUACCAGCAAUGUCCAAAGUCAGGCCCAGGGGCCUAAUCCAGCCCGCCGGUUAGUUUAAUAUGGCCCAUGCAGCAGUUUAUAUUCUGGGGUAAAAUCCUAAAAAAAGCUAAACAACUUCAAUCCAAAAAAAAGACAACAACUUUGGUCGGUCCUCACGCACGUUCACUUCAUCAAAUCUGGCCCUCUUAGAAAAAAGUUUGGACACCCCUGCUUCAAUCAGAGUGCAAAGGCAGCCCACACUCUGUGUGUUGGGAAUCCUGAAGGCCAAGACCCAAGUGUGAAGUGAGUACUCUUUGAUGAGAGAACCCCAGCAGAGUUUUAAGAUAGCAAAAGAUGCAGCAAAUAAAAGUGUGGCAAUGUCGGCUGUAAACCCUGAAAAAUGUCCUCUUUCCAGUGUACUCCAAAGUAUCCCACUUUCAAAGGUUCUUCCCAACUUCCCUAGCACAAACAUAGAGCACACAUUUAGUAAGUCAUAAAAUGACUUUCUGCUUUCAAAUCAGAUGCUCUGCUACUGAGCUGUGGCACUUGCCAAUGGUAGACACACCUCCCACAACCCCUGUUUCCUCUCUGUCUUCUCCUGCUUUGUUCUCUGAAUGGACAAAAGACAAAGCUGGAAAAUGCUACUAUCAAAUUGCUUGGUGGAUCCGAUUAGGACCGUCCUCUUGCAAAAGGAGCGUAUUAGGAUUGCCCUCUCUGUAAGCUGUGUGUGCUGGGCCCGGGGGUAACCCGAGCAACGCGGUCCAGGUCCAGUCCCGAAUCAGUCUGAGAGGCCAAGGCAGGACACGAGGCAGGAAACCAGGCAAGGUCAGGCUCAGGGUCUCAGGCAGGUUCUAGCAAACAGCAAAGUUGCUCCCACAAUCUGGGGUGGGGUCUGACAGCCUUUUUUCUUUGUCAGGGUAACAGCCAGUCCUGAUCCCCCAGUGACUCACCUCCCUGUCUCGCCCAAAGGCAAGCACUCCUCCUGCGAGUACUCAGGUCUCUCCUUCUCUCAGACCUUAGUCUCUGCAUCUCGGGAGAUGUCCAUGGGUUAAUGGACCCGGGGACUGCCUCAGCCUCUCCUGACCCAACUGGCAGUGGAGCAGCUGCAAGUGAUGGCCCAGCUGAAGGCAACGAGGUCAUCCCUGCAUCUGGAGCCAGGGCAGGCUCAGGCCCCUGACAUGGACCAGCUGGUGCUUGUUGCAGAAGAACCUGUGCAGACUGGGGCUCUUCAGAAUCAUGCCGCAGACUAGGUUCAGAUGCCACCUGAGGCAAAGGAUCCGGUGCGGAUUGAGACUCCUCUGGUUCCGAGUCCGAACCUGAGUCCCAGGCCAUCACACCGUGCAACUUUGUCACAGUUGAGGCACUGCCUUGGAAAGGAGGUUUAGCCUGUAUUUUUCCACUGGCCUGCAAUCUGCCCUUCAACACUCCAAAUAAUCAAAAUCCUUCCAUUUAUUAAUUUAUAGGGUUUGCCUAUAAGAAUAUUUCCCCCCUUAUUUUCCUGAGGAAAGCACAAUAAGUGCUGGCUGGAUGUACAUGUUUCUGCAGGCUAGCACAUGAUUUGCCUUCCAAUCAGACACUAAUAAUAAUAAUAAUAAUACCCCACCCAUCUGCUAGUUUCCCCCAACCACUCUGGGCAGCUCACAGCAUAUAUCAAAACAUAAAAAAGCAAUCAUUAAAACUUCUUGAUACGGGGAAUAAAAUGAGACUCAUCUGGUGUUGGUGGUAGUGCAGAAAGUGUGUAAGUUCUGACCACAGGGUAGGGCAGAGAGGCAGGGGAGUGCUCUAGACCAAAAGAGAAUUCUCCUCUGAAUGUUACUCCUCUGGGUUACUGCAAAAAUAAUGAAUAAGUGUGUGGAGGAUAGGCAAGUAUUUGAUUCUAAGAGGUACACAAUAAAAUAAGUAUUCAGACUGAGUAGUUUCUCCUCUCCUUUUCAGCUACUGGGAUAGUCAACGUCCAAGAAAUAAAGGUCCUGCAAAACCAGAUACAGCCAACUGUGUCAUCAUCACAAGGGGCUGCGACAAAAUUUAUUACUGUUGGCAUGAUGUUUUGUGCCAAGGCCUAAAACGGUGCAUCUGCAAAAGGAAACCUAUGAAAAAGUGGAUGAGAUAAUUGAUAAUCUGCACUCUAUACCACCUUUUCAGUCCUGCUAUUCUGAGGCUGGAAAAGAGCCAUUGUUUUACACCUGCAAAGGCUUAGUUAGGCAGUGAAAUAAAGUGUGGAAGAAUUCAGUAAUA